CAACAUCCAUACACACACACACAUAUAUACUGCUGGGCUUGGUUCGUUAAGCCUAAUGGUUGAACAAUAGACACAUCUGCUCAUCUUUUUCUAUCAAAAGAGAAGGUACUGCAGUCUUCUUCGUUUGGUUAAACCGCCACAUAUUUGGCAUUUGUGUGGGGGGGUGGGGAGGUGCAGCCUGAUAAUGAAAAAAAUGGAUCUUUAUGUGGUGCACAUUAAUAUAACUUUAUAGCUGCUAAUUAAAUCAUUAUGCUUUUGUUGUAAUUUUCUGAAGCUUCUUUUUUCUGUUUUUGUUUUUUUUAGAAGAAUUGAUUGUUUUUCAUUUGGAGUUUUUUUGGUUGGUUUUUGAAUCCCAGACCUCACUAGUUAAAAAUCAACUCCAAAUGAACCCGGAAGUUUAUUUCAUUUGCACUUAAUAAUUUAAGGAGGACUGAAGAUAAAGCCUCAUUAUAUAGCCCUAUAAUGAAUGACAACAUUUUCUAAAUAAGAAAUGGGCAAUCUGGACAUUAUAGGUGCUAUACAUUUCCAUGAUGUCGAUUCUGUGAAGGUUUUAUUAAGAGAUCCGUCUAUUUUGCAUUUUUUUUAAACAUUUCACUAUAAAGAGUGGUGUUAUCAUGGUGGAGAAUAUAGCUUUUAGCAGGUGGUUUGAUACCUCCCUUCCUUAAUAAGGUAGCUGACGUCAGAGCAAUGGGGCGGUGUGUGUGUGUGUGUGUGUGUGUGUGUGUGUGUGUGUUUGAGAGAGAGAAAGAGAGAGAGAGAGAGAGAGAGUAUUGGAGGAGAUGUGUGCUCCCAGUGCGCAUGUGUGUGGACGGUGAUCUGUCUCUGUGCUGCGGUGGAAAAGGAGCUGGAGACACACAACUAGAGAGAUGGCGCGGCACCCGACCGGAGCGCGAGGACAGCUGGUUGGCGGUGGGGGGGCUUGAAUUAUUAUAAAGAGAAUAAAAAAAAAAAAACAACAACAAAAAUAACACAAGAAAAAAAAAGACAGGGGAUUCUGGAAAAAAAAAAAAAGGAGUUUCUACACUGCAAAGAUAUCGAAUAUAAGGAGGCAAUAUCUGCAAGAAGAAGAAGAAAAAAGCAACAAAAGAAGUUUUAACUGGACAGUGAGGAUCUUCUUGGACAUCAGCUAAGAUCACAUACAUGGUUUGUCCACAUGCAGGAUCAUGAACGCACAACUGUCGAUGGAGAAUAUUGGCGACCUGCACGGAGGAUUAGUGAGCCAUGAGUCCGUGGUGUCCGUGGCCGGUCACGGAGAGCUGCUGAGCGGCCACGGUCGUUCGAGCGCCCGGGGGCUCAGCAGCAGCCACCGCUCCAUGGGCAUGGCCACCCUGCUGGACACCGGAGGAGGAGACUACCACCCUGGACACCACGGACACAGUCUGCAUCCAGCAGCCAUCAGCAUGUGUGAAGCCCCCCCUGGCAUGAGCUCCAGCAGCACUUACACCACCCUUACCCCUCUGCAGCCUUUACCUCCCAUCUCCACUGUAUCCGACAAGUUCCAUCACCACCACCAUCCUCACCACCAUCAUCCUCACCAUCACCAGAGGAUCCCUGGGAAUGUCACUGGCAGCUUCACGUUGAUGCGUGAGGACCGGAGUCUGGCUCCUAUGAACAGUCUGUAUCCAUCAUAUCAUCAUCAUAAAGAUCCCUGCAUGGGCCAGAGUCUGUCCCCGCUGUCUGGUUCAGGUCUGGCCAGCAUCCACACCACCCAGGCCGGCAGCAUCCCUCCUCCUUACGCGCAUCCCGGUGCAGCCAUGCCCGGUGAGAAGAUGCUCACACCCAGCGGGUUUGAGGCGCAUCAUCCGGCCAUGCUGGGCAGACACACGACGGAGCAGCAGCACAUGAGCUCCUCUGCAGGCAUGGUGCAAAUCAACGGCCUCCAUCAUCAUCAUCACCACCACCUGCACGCACACCAGGGGCACGUCCAGGGGCUGCAUGGGGGGAACAGCCGGGAGCAGGCUUCUGGACCCGGGCAGCAAGGUGGAGGUGCAGGAGGUGGAGGUGUUAAUGGUGGUGGUCAGAUGGAGGAGGUGAAUACCAAAGAGGUGGCGCAGAGGAUCACCACGGAGCUGAAGCGCUACAGCAUCCCUCAGGCCAUCUUUGCCCAGCGGGUGCUGUGCAGGUCCCAGGGGACCCUGUCCGACCUGCUAAGGAACCCCAAACCCUGGUCCAAGCUCAAGUCCGGCAGAGAAACCUUCAGGCGCAUGUGGAAGUGGCUGCAGGAGCCUGAGUUCCAACGCAUGAGCGCGCUCAGGCUCGCAGGUGAGCGAAGCCUCGGCUAUACAACAACAAAGCAGGCUACAUACUGUGAACCCGAAAUGUGCAUCAAUCCAGUGUUUAUAGCAUGUAAGCGUAAGGAACAGGACCACGGCCGGAGCGAGCGGGGGAGCGUGUCCAAGAAGCCCCGGCUGGUGUUCACAGAUGUGCAGCGGCGGACGCUCCACGCCAUCUUCAAGGAGAACAAGCGUCCAUCCAAAGAGCUGCAGAUCACCAUCGCCCAGCAGCUGGGCCUGGAGCUGGCCACAGUCAGCAACUUCUUUAUGAACGCACGCCGCCGGAGCCUGGAUAAGUGGGUGGACGACGGCUCCGGCCACCCGGGCAACUCUGGCCCCAACGCCUGCACCAAAGCCUGAAGACGGAGUGAUCCGACCAAACUCAUGGACUGACUCAACCUCGGUGGAAAAGCUUUAAAACUUAAGAGAAACAAAGAGAAACUUAAAAAAAGACCUUGAAGCAACGUUUUGCCCUUAAACCUGUACUAUAUUGAUAUUUAUAGUAUCCAAAGAUGAAAAAACAAACCAAAGACUUCUUGUUUGACCUGCUUUGAAAUGUUUUUUUCAGCAACACAUUUACGUGUAACAUACUGCAAAAAGACUAUAGUUUUACCCCCCCUUCACACACACUCACUGGUCUCUAGCUUUACUACACCUCCCCCAACGCCUCCCCACCCAGUAUCAAUCUAUCAUUCACCAUCCUUAUCUUUAAUCUGAUUGGUUGGUUUUAAUGAUGGGUCCCUAAAUGGAGGUUUAAUCAGCCUGUUGGCAGUCUGAUCUGCAGCUGUCCACACCCUUGAAAAACAGCCAGAAUGUGGAGCUCCGGUGGGAUUGGCCAAUCAACGUUAAAGACAAAAAAAUCCUACAGGAGCGACUGGAUUGUUGUGCAACCUUGUUUGGAUCAACGGUGGACUGUCUGUCUAUCUGUCCAGCUGUCUGUCUUUCUAUCAAGCAUUCCAGACAGACGGGGAGAUGCCCAUGCGUAGACUGCUAACCCAAAAUCCCCAAAAAACCCCAACCUCAACCCACAAGGUAGUGCUUUCUUCCAACAUGCUGAAGCGUUGAAUAAUUUAAACAAGAGAAACCAAAGCCUUCAACACCCUGAAGCCACUUCAGAACCUGCUAUGAAGUAAUUUGACCAAAGAGUAUAUUUUGUAGCUGAUAAUCUUAAAAGUAUUUUACCUCAUUUCCUCCCUUUAACCCUCCUGAGACUGGCUGUUAGUUAGGCACCACAAAGAAUGUCCCUGCUUAUGGUCCAUACAACAUUUUGAGUCAUACCUUCCCUGCAAAUGGAAAUAUUAUGUGACACAACCCUGAAAAUCAUCUAUUGACAUUUGCCUUAUAGAUGCCUUCUUGAAUCAAACUAAAUAUUCCAGUUAUAUCUUCGUUAACACUCUAGAGAAUGAUCCUGCAAAUGCAACCAAAGACUAAUCCAUUCAGCGGUGUGUUUUCGCUGCAAAAGAUGAAAACAAAAGCUGCUGGCUCUCGUGCUUUAUGUGUGACACGGUGAGGGAGACAGAUGUUGUUUUUUUAGGACAAACUGUGUCACCACUCUAAUAAUAGGCAUUCAGCCCCCAGUGCUUCAUACGUAUUUGAUUUUAUCUCCUCAUCAAAGAUGUUGGGCGGAGGGGAUGAUAUCAAUGAUCAAAUCACUUUCAGGCACAAUGUCACCUCGUCACCUGAAUACGAAAGCACCCCCCCCCACACACACACACCACCCACCCCUCCCAAUCUGCCUCCACUCCCCUGGCAAAGCUAUGCAUUUCAGCACUAGGAGGAAAGCACUACACAGGGCUGGCCCAGGGCGGCGUAUCAUUAAAUAUAUUGAGCUGGCCCCCUUGCCGUCAUCCUCCUCGUGGCCAGGGUUAGCAGCUCUACAUUCAUCACAAACAAGCGCCGAAGGAGAGGCGAGGAGGAGGAAGAAGGCUUCUUCUUCACCUCCGAAAGGAAAAACCAAAAAAAAAGGAAAACGUGUCAAGACCUGCUGAUGUUUUAUAGUGUGAACCAAAGAUGCUACCUCACUCAAGUUCCAUACGUGAUUUCUAUCACUUUGAUGAUACCAAAGAUAACCAAAGAUUUUUUCUCAUUGCACGGCCUCUACGAGUGGUGUUUUAAAGAUGUUGUAUGUCUCCUCCCCUCCCCCCCACCCCUCGUCUCCUCUCUCUCACUUCCUUUCUUCUCCCCUUUCUCCCCCUCCCUCCCACCUGCAUUCAACCCAUGCACCCCUGCUAUGCGUGCUCUUGCUUCAUCUGUGCUCUGAUUACAGCUCCAUAGAUAGUCAUGCUGAUGUAGCUAUAGGCAGAUAUGCUGAUCCAGCCGUAGAUACACACAAGCGGCAGUGCAGGUGCCUGCGGGGGUACGGCAAACUCGGUAGCAAUGUGAUCGGUCUUUCUUUGUGCUCAGUACCAAAGUAUUCAUUUUCCUAUCACAAAAAUGUAAAAGCUGACAUUGUGUUUAUAUAUAAUACAUUUAGUCUGAUUCAUUUCAAAAUGUAAAUUUGACCCCGCUGGAGUGUCUUUUUUGUCGCAGCUUAAUUUCUACCCGGCCCUGCCUCUUAGUGUGUAUCUAUAGGUUGAUAAUAUUGAUCCACCAGACGUCUUUACAUGACAAUAGACAGACAAGCUGACAUAGCCAUGGGCAGAAUUGUUGACUCAGCUAUAGGCAGACAUGUUCCUGAAAGUAGAAGCAGACGUGUUGCAAUCUUUCUAAAAACUCCCAGGACGAGUGCCUUGCUUGAACCAAAGUGUUAAACCGCUGUUGACCUCUCACCUUUGACUAUGUGAAUACCUCAGCCUGUAGAAGGGCCACUACUGAAGAAACAAGGAAAAGGUUUUUUUUUUUUUGUUGUUUUAAAUCACACCGUGGUGCUUUCGCCAGCGCAACCAUGCAAUGAAAACAUACCAAAGGAAUUUCCACUUCUACAGAUUAAACCAAAGGUCUUUGUUUCUCCUCUCCUCUGCCCUCCUUCUUCUACCCCUCCAUCCCUCCUUCCUCCCCGACCUUCCUCGUCUCUCUGCUGUGUGUGGGAAGGUUCAGCACUCUGGCCGUGCAUGUCUUUACCAAUGUCUCUGAAUACCUCAUAGUAAUAAUUCCUUUGAGUUCUGCAUUGAGACGUCUAUCUGUGAGUAAGGCAGAACUCCACUCGUGUGGUAACUGUUAUUGUUACUUCAAAAAAGCUGUAUGAUUAUCUAUUUUGAAGCUGUUUUUUUUGGCAGAAGUGCUCUGUUUUCAAGUCACGGAGGACAAGUUUCAGGGUUGAUGUAUGAAACUUAAGGGAUGGAGGGAGAAGCAUAUUUUUUAUCAGACAUUGGGUUAUGCCAAUAUUAUGAUGGUAGACUAUUGCUUUUUACAGGGUAAAACCAACUGCUGUGAUAUUGUGUUCAUAUUUUCCCUUUUUCUCUACUUCUGUGUUGUGAUUUUAAUUUAAUUGCAUUUUUGUAAUGGUUAACCACUGCUUUAAUUUAUGCAUUUGUAGAAACUCUAGAUUUGUAUAUAGUAGGUUUUUUGGAAAAAAACAAACAAAAAAGACAGUUUUAUGUUACAGCCUUAUUUCCCACGCUUAGAUAUAAAAAAAGGAGUAGUUUGUAUUCUUCUUCUUCAGCUAAAUCCUAGCCGGCAUUUCAAUGUGUGUUUUAAACACUGCCAGAAACCCAGACAGUUGAUUUUGCCAACGCAGACAAAGUUAUACAGGAGCUACUUUGUUGAACAGCUGGCAAAAAGCAGUGUGUACGUGUGUGUGUUUUUUCUAUUCUUUUGACUUUUUCAAAACAAAACGGUUAUUUUAUGGGUAUUACUGCACAUCCAAAGAUUUUUAAAACAAACCAAAAAAUUGGAAAAAAAAUAUGUAUAAUGUUGAAAAGCACUGGCAUUUGUGAGGUAGACUUGUUGAGUUUUGAUUUGCCAUUCGCACGGGUAUAGAAUGUAGAAGGCGUAGGGCCGUGUAGACAAGCUUACUCUACCAUGUGGGAGAUCUCCUGUUCAAUGUACAAUCUGAAGCAUCUGAAACGAGGGCUGCAAGUCCCGCUCACUUUGCUGUCUCAUGCACGGAGUGAGGUGGAGCGUAGGCUGGGCAGCCGGUCUGCCAGGGGCUGUGUCGCGGAGCUGGGUCUGUUUUUAUUGCCGUGGCACUGCCGCCUCGCUCCAUCUAGUAUCUGUUCUUUUGGUACGUACUCGUGUAAUGACCAUGAGCAAAGUCUAAUAAAACCUUAACCAAGGAA